CAAGUCCCUCACAUAAGGAGCGGCGGUCAUAAAUUGUCACGGUCCGAUCCGACUAGCGGUAGUUGGCAGUAAAGCGGGCGGCACGAACAGGCUGCUGGAUCCUUUCAGACGUCUGACCAUGUAGAGUUCAUUUAUGUAAAAUUUAAUUCUGACACAGAAGCGCCAAAUAUUAACGCGAAAGAACGCAACACAGUAAAACCGUGAGAAUUAACAGCAAGGAAGAAUGGACGCAAAGGACCAAGGAGCGCAAAUGGAGCCGCUGCUGCCGACGGUCGAAACCCCCAUCGGAGCCAGGAGGGAGAGGAAUGACGAGGAAGCAGUGGUGGAUCGGGGCGGUGCUCGGUCCAUGCUGAAAACCAACUUUGAGAAGGAAGAACUGGAAGGCCACCGGACCCUGUACAUCGGUGUCCACGUCCCCCUGGGUAAGAAAUCUCACAGGAGACACCGGCACCACAGUCAUCGGAACCGCAAGAGGGACAGGGAGCGGGACUCUGGGGCUGAGGACAGCCGGGAAAAUCUCAGCCAAGACACUCCAUCCCAGAGGGUUCAGUUCCUGCUCGGCACCGAGGACGAUGAUGAGGAGCACAUCCCUCACGCCCUCUUCACGGAGCUGGAUGAGAUCUGCCUGCGCGAAGGCCAGGAUGCCGAGUGGAAGGAGACCGCCAGGUGGCUGAAGUUCGAGGAAGACGUGGAGGAUGGCGGAGAGCGCUGGAGCAAGCCCUACGUGGCCACGCUGUCCCUGCACAGCCUGUUCGCCCUGCGCAGUUGCAUCCUCAACGGCACUGUCAUGCUGGACAUGCGGGCCAGCUCCAUGGAGGAAGUUUCAGACAUGGUUCUGGACCAGCAGGAGACAUCUGGUCCCCUGGGCGAGGAGGUGCGCAAAAAGAUCCGAGACGCCCUGUUGAAGCAGCACCACCACCAGAACCAGAAGAAGCUGGCCAACCGGAUCCCCAUCGUCCGCUCCUUCGCCGACAUCGGCAAGAAGCAGUCGGAGCCACACUCGAUGGACAAGAACAGUCAGACCGCCCCACCCCAGUCACAGUCCGCUAUCCCUGAGGGUCGAGGCGAGGUCAGCAGGGAAAACAGCGCAGUGGACUUCAGCAAGAUAGACCUACACUUCAUGAAGAAGAUUCCGGCAGGUGCCGAGGCCUCCAACAUCCUGGUCGGCGAGCUGGAGUUCCUUGAGCGCCCCCUGGUGGUGUUUGUGAGGCUCUCGCCCGCCAUCAUGCUCAACGGCCUGGCCGAGGUCCCCAUCACUACCCGGUUCCUGUUUAUCCUGCUGGGGCCCUUAGGGAAAGGACAGCAGUACCACGAAAUCGGCAGAUCCAUCGCAACGUUAAUGACAGAUGAGAUCUUCCACGAUGUGGCGUACAAGGCAAAGGACCGCAGUGACCUAGUGGCCGGCAUCGAUGAGUUCCUCGACCAGGUCACAGUGCUGCCCCCGGGGGAGUGGGACCCCUCCAUCAGGAUAGAGCCCCCAAAAAAUGUACCUUCUCAGGAGAAGCGGAAGGUGCCACCUCUGCCCAAUGGCAUGGCGGAGCUGGGCGAGGCUGAACAUGGAGGACAUGGGGGCCCAGAGCUGCAGCGCACGGGGAGGCUGUUUGGUGGUCUGGUCCUGGACAUCAAGCGCAAGGCGCCCCGCUACCUGUCAGACUAUACGGACGGCAUCAGCCUGCAGUGUCUGGCCUCCUUCCUGUUCCUGUACUGCGCCUGCAUGUCCCCCGUGAUCACAUUUGGGGGGCUGCUUGGGGAGGCGACCGAGGGACGCAUAAGUGCGAUUGAGUCGCUCUUCGGGGCCUCGAUGACAGGGAUAGCGUACUCCCUCUUUGCAGGCCAGCCGCUCACCAUCCUCGGCAGCACUGGGCCCGUGCUUGUGUUUGAGAAGAUCCUCUUCAAGUUCUGCAAGGAGUACGGCCUGUCCUACCUCUCACUGCGAACCUGCAUCGGCCUCUGGACGGCGUUCUUCUGCCUGCUCCUCGUGGCCACCGACGCCAGCUCUUUGGUCUGCUACAUCACACGCUUCACGGAGGAAGCCUUUGCUUCCCUGAUCUGCAUCAUCUUUAUCUAUGAGGCCCUGGAGAAGCUAAUCCACCUGGGAGAAACGUACCCCUUCAACAUGAAUAACAACCUGGAGAAGCUCACUCAGUACUCAUGUGCUUGUGUUGAGCCUGUAAAUCCCACCAAUGCCACCCUGAGGUACUGGAACGAAAACAAUAUCACAUCGUCGCAGGUCAACUGGAUGGGUCUGGAUGUCAAGGACUGCCUGAAGACGCGAGGCGAGUUUGUGGGUUCUGCCUGUGGCCCCCAUGGCCCCUACACCCCCGACGUGCUCUUCUGGUCCAUCGUGCUCUUCUUCUCCACCGUGGCCAUGUCGUCUUUCCUGAAGGACUUCAAGACCAGCCGUUACUUCCCCACCAAGGUGCGGUCCAUCAUCAGUGACUUUGCAGUCUUCAUCACCAUUGCCACGAUGGUGCUUGUCGAUUAUGCGCUUGGAGUUCAGUCUCCAAAGCUUCAGGUCCCCAACGAGUUCAAGCCCACCAGAGAUGACCGUGGCUGGCUUGUCAACCCUUUGGGACCCAACCCAUGGUGGACCGUCCUUGUGACGGCUAUCCCUGCCCUGCUCUGCACCAUCCUCAUCUUCAUGGACCAACAGAUCACCGCUGUCAUCAUCAACAGGAAGGAGCACAAGCUGAAGAAAGGCUGCGGCUACCACCUGGAUCUCUUAAUGGUGGGCGUGAUGCUGGGCGUGUGCUCCAUCAUGGGCCUGCCCUGGUUCGUGGCCGCCACUGUGCUCUCCAUCUCGCACGUCAACAGCCUGAAGCUGGAGUCGGAGUGCUCGGCCCCCGGGGAGCAGCCCAAAUUCCUGGGCAUCCGCGAGCAGAGGUUCACGGGCCUCAUGAUCUUCCUGCUGAUGGGCUGCUCCGUCUUCAUGACCUCUGUCCUCAAGUUUAUUCCCAUGCCUGUGCUUUAUGGAGUUUUCCUUUACAUGGGGGCGUCGUCCCUGAGAGGGAUUCAGUUCUUCGAUCGCCUGAAGCUCUUUGGCAUGCCUGCAAAGCACCAGCCUGACUUCAUCUACCUGCGCCAUGUGCCUCUGAGGAAGGUCCACCUCUUCACCAUCAUCCAGCUCAGCUGUCUGGUGCUCCUGUGGGUCAUCAAAACUUCCAGAGCAGCAAUCGUCUUCCCAAUGAUGGUGUUGGCUCUAGUUUUCAUCCGCAAGCUUCUGGAUUUCCUGUUCACCAAGCGCGAGCUGAGCUGGUUGGACGACCUGAUGCCAGAGAGCAAGAAGAAGAAGCUGGAGGAUGAACAGCAGGAGGAAGAGGAGAGUGUUGUGGCAGAAGAGGGGAUUGUUCAGGUACCACUGGAGGGGCCUUACAAAGAUGACCCUUCUACGGUGAAUAUUUCUGAGGAAAUGGCGAAAGCCUCAUUUGGUAAUGAGUGGAAAACCCUCGGCACGGACGCUGCGAAGGAGCUGACAUCCAAAAGCUCCCUUUCCUAACCCUCCCCAAAGCUGAUUUCCCAAAGCGUAUCCAACAGCGCAGUGAGGAAACACCAUUGGAGAACCCGGCUGGAGAAGGGCUUCGACAGGGAAACCAGUCUUUGACGAUUUCCCCCGGCUGAGGUGUUUUUUUGCAGUGGAUCGGAACGGUUUGUCAGCGUGAAAUAUUCUAUAUGUCGCAUCUGUACCCUUUCCUGUCUCCAAACCAUUUUCUCUGUAUGUGUGUGUGCAAGUGUGUGACUCUUCAGGGAGCCGAGGGCGACGUCUAGCAGCAAAGACAAAUUUACUCUUUUCUCUGUGCGCCAGUGCGAGAUAAUAUACCAGCAGAUGACGAUGAAAAGGAAAAGACCGUCCGAGCUGCACGCAGAUUGGUGGCGUCGCACGUUUCUUGCAGCCACUUUUAAAUUAAAAGGUACUUUUAUUUUAAAGUAGAUAGUAUGUAUUUUGUAUAUUUUUUAUUGGUUUUAUAGAAUAUGGUACAAUCACUCUGGAAAUAUUACCAGUGGGAAGAUCACGAAAAAAAAAAACGCUUUGAGAAUAUGUCCUGGUAUUACAAUGCUCGGAAAGUAAAUGUAAUUGUACAUGUGAAAAUGUGACAGUAGAUUUUUGUUGCAUGCAUUAACAUAUUUAUUCAAUUACAGCGCACUAAAUGAGCUUAGCUAAUGAUAUUGGUCACAUUGGUUUACCUCAUUAAAGAAACGAUGUUUAAACUGAACAUGACCUGAUUCUUUUACCAUUUUGAUUAAAAAAUAUGUUGCUUAUGUACUACAUGUAUGUUCCAAGAAUUAUGUGUUCUUUAUUUUUGGACAGAGUUAUGAACCAAAUUAAGUCAUCAUGUCUUUGUUUUACUGAGUUACACUGAAUGGAUCAAAUGGAUCUAAACGCUGAGCCUGGAAGUCAAGAGAAUGAAAGAUGAUUUUUGAUUUUCUGUGUGUAUACCUGCCAUAGUAAUCUGGUUUCUGUUAGAUUUCAUACUGUAAUAUAGCAUAAGCAAAUGUCUGUCAUUAACAUUCUUUUGUCACAGGUCUGUGUUUAAAAAUUAUUUUAGCAAUAUGAAUGCGACACUCACACCAGGACAGAUUAGAACAGACUGUAUGGAGAUAUUGUUUAAGAUGAGAGGAUGUGUAUUUGAUUGCAAAUUGAUGCAAACAACUCCUUUUAGCAUAAGAAAAUAUGUAAUCCGUCAUAUUUAAGGAAGGAUUCCACACCUUUUUAUAUAAAAUAAUUUUGUUAUGAUUUGAAAUAUAAAACCAAAAUAAAAUAUAUUUACUUACUGUUAUUAAUGUCAUGUACAAGUUUAGAAAUGCUUUCUUGGUUGCUGUUUAUUUUUUAACCUUAUGUCGUAUGGUUAUUAGAGAAUUUUAGGUUUUGUAAACAUAGAGUAGAAACAAAACAUAACAUAUGCACUUAUUUAGUGCAUAAAUGAUUAAACUCCUAAAAAUGUAUAGUGGCCUAAGGGGCGUGUUGUAAAGUACCCAUUUUUCGUUUAAUCAUAGCCUUAAAGUAGUUCUUGUACCUUUUGAAACGAUCGGUAUCAUUUUUCUGUGGAUGCCAUCAACAGACAACUUAAUUUUAUUUCAAAUGUCCUUGUAAGUGUAACUUAUUUCUAAAGCCAAUAAAUAAUUGAAAAUGC